AUGCUGUCCAUGGAAUCGUUGUGGUCUAGUUCGGAGGGUGAGCUGACGACGCUGAAAUUGUGCAAAAGUGCAGUGGAGAGACCAGAGUACCGGCUGACGAGACGGAAGCCUUCAAAGAGCCUGAUACCUCAGGCUUUGCUGCAUACUCUUGAGCCGCAACCCAGGUCACAUAGACGACGAAGGUCUGGUACUUGGCCGUAA